AUGUGGUUUGGUUAUAAUAUUUUGGCAAUUACAACAUUUAGUUUAUUAAUUAGGAGAGGCCAUGCAUCCGAUUCUUAUAGCACAGGAGGUAAUGAAAGAGAAAAAAUAUAUAUGCACAAUUAUAAAUAUAUGUGGACAUAUAUAUAUUUUCUUCAAAAAAGGAUAAUAAUAAAGAAGUUAUCUUACCCCCUAUAUAUGAGCAAGAAAUUUAUACUCAUGCACAAUCCACAGGACGUGGAAGAAUUUAGAAUCCCCUUGAAAGAUACGUUAUGGUCUUAUGUAGAUAGAAAUUCAAUAAAAGGAUUUAUAAAUAUAAAUUUGGACAGUAUUUUUGAUAUUGAUUUAAAGGAAUAUUAUGUACAUGAUGAGGAAUAUAUGAUAAAUAACGAAAAAUCGGAAGAUUUAGCAUGUAUAGGUGCGUAUGUACAAAAGACUAAUGAAAUAUAUUACAAUAUGUUAGAUAAAAAAGAUGAGGCAUAUUUAUUCAUAUGUAAAAAGUGUAAGCACAUAUAUAAGGAUAUAAAAGAAUGUAGAGAAAAAAGCAUGCAGUUGAUGAUAAAAAAUAUGAAAAUAACUGUGCCCCAGAUACGGUUAAAAUAUGAUAAAAAAAAUAGAGAUAAUCAAGAAAUAAUUAUUAACAUUCCAGUGACAUAUGUACUGUCGAAUUUACUGUCGAGCUUAAAAAGAACAGUCACAUAUAAUACAGAUGAUCUUAACAAUUCAUGUAAUGUUUUAAUAAAAAUGUUACAUUUAGAUUUAUUGAAGAUAUUAUAUAAUUUACAACAUCAUCAUGGUAUAUUUAAUGGUAUAACUGAAAAAUAUUUAAUAGAAUUCAGAAAUAUAUUUGUGAAAAGACAAAAAACGAAUACAGAAGAUAAUAAUGACAUGAUAUGGGAAGAAUGCUUUGUAUUAAAAAAAUCUAUUGAUAAGAUUAUGAAUAUAAAUUUAUUUUUGUUAACUAAAUCAAGAAAUAGAUAUAUGGAUUAUUUACAUAAUCGAAGAAAACGAUAUCGUGAUAUUUUAUUUAUGAUUACACAUAAUGUAUCAGAUAUGAAUUUAAAUACAUAUAUUAAAAAUAUUUAUAAUUACAUUUAUAUUUCAACAAAAAUAAUUAAAGAUAUUCAAUAUAUAUAUAAUCAAGAAGUAUAUGCUAACUUUUUUGUAAGAACAGAAUUAAUAGAAACCUAUUUCUUAAAAAAUCCUAAACAAUUAAAAAAUACAUGUUCUAUAUAUAUUAUGAUAACCAUAUCAUGGUUUUUUAAUCAAAUUAAUAUUGGUAUGUAUAAUAAAAAUAAAAAUGUAUAUUAUCUAUUUAAGGAGAAAUUUUCAAAAAGUAACAUAAAGCAAAUAAUACAUUCUAUAUAUACAAAUAAUGUGGAAAACAAAACUAAUAUUUUACAAAUAUGUUAUGAUAGUAUUACAAAUACAGUAGAAUCAAUAAAAAAGAUUAUAAAAAAUUAUUACAAAGAAAAUAAUGUCUUAUCAAAUUAUAAUAUCAACUUUGCUGGAUUAAUUAAAUUUAUUGAUAUACAUAUAUUACGCAUGAAAUUCAUACAAUCCACUCUUGAAAAACAACCUUUAAUAGAAUACGAUAUAUUAAAUGAUGAUCAUUUAAAUAACGAUUCUAUAAUAAAAAGAGAAAAUAUGGUUUGUAUGAUGAAAUAUAUUUCAAAUAAAAUUAAUACAUAUAUAUCUUUAUUAAAAAAAUCAGAUUUACAAACUAUUAUGUUAGAAAAUUAUGAUAAAUAUAAUAUAUAUAGAGAUACAUAUUUUACACAUGAAAAUGUUUUUUUCUGUUCAUCCCCUGGUCAAUAUUUAAUCAGCAAAAUAUUUUUUUAUAGCCUUUUCAAUAUAAUAAACAUAUAUGGUUAA